UCUAUUGGUGUGUUAUAAACAUGUAGGCGGAUCUUGCCGAGCACCUCUGGUCAAAAACAAGUAACGUGUACUGUACCAACUGGAGGACGAGCGGAGUUGUUUUAAAAAAUACUACUAAUUUACUAUUAUUUAAAAAUGAGAAGAAUUACUGCUACAAAUGGACGGGUUUAGAUAGCAUCCAAAGCGCUCUAUGUUGAUCCGACUCAGUAGGAGGUGAUGAAUCCCCCAGCUGAGAUGUCCCCUCCCACCGCCCCUGUCUCCACAGAGACACAGAGCAUGACCUCUGACCCGUCCCACCUCGGAACUCUGGGAAUUAAUGUCCGCCUGAAGGCAGCCCCACCUAACACCACAGGUUGUACCUGGCUGGUUGUCCUAGCAGCGAUAGCUGCAUCUCUCAGUGGCUUGAUGUUGGGUUAUGAAUUAGGCCUGACCUCCGGGGUCCUGCUCCAGCUAAGGGGUAUCCUCUCUCUGUCAUGCCGGGAACAGGAGCUCCUGGUGGGGUCUCUGCUGCUGGGCUGUCUGGUGAUCUCCAUUGCUGGAGGCUGGGGCCUGGACCGCUACGGACGCCGCUGGUCCAUGCUUCUGUCCGGAGGCCUGGUGGCUGGGGGCACCUUGCUACUACUGCUCCCGGCCUCGCUCACCACGCUGUCGCUCGGCCGCGCCGUGGUCGGCAUGGGGACAGCGUUGUCGGGUACGGCGGCGUGCAUGUACAUAGCGGAGAUUGCGCCACGGGAGCGCCGCGGGUUGUUAGUGACGCUGUACGAGCUGAUGGUGGUUGUCGGGGUAUUGCUAGGUUUCGGGUGUAGCUACGCAUUCUCUGCGCUGCCUAAUGGGUGGAGAUACACCUUCGGACUUGUCCUCCCGCCAGCCGUUCUACAGGCCGCUGCCCUCGUCCUCCUCCCACCCAGCCCGCGCUUCCUAGUCGCCAGGGGCGACUCGGAGCGGGCCAAGGAGGUGCUGGUCCGUCUGAGGGGCGUGGCCAGCAGGGAGACCGUGGAGGAGGAGCUACGGGGCAUCCAGGCGGGGCUUAAGGAGGAAGCGGAGCAUGGUUUCCGAGAGCUGUUCAGCGACAAGGCUAACCUGCGCCGGCGGUUGCUAACGGGCGUGGCUCUAGUGUUCCUGCAGCAGACUACGGGUCAGCCCAACCUCCUCUCUUACGCCUCGCCGCUACUACGCAGCGUGGGUUUCCAUAGCGACGCCGCCGCCAACCUGGCCUCUACGGGCUUCGGCGUAGUGAAAGUGGUGGGGACGGUUCCUGCCGUCCUAUUGGUCGACAGGGUCGGGCCCAAGAGCUUCCUGUGUGUCGGUGCGGUCGCCAUGGGGAUGGCGCUGGUGACACUGGGGGCGGUGACCUUGCAGAGCCACACCCAUCUCACCAGCCUAUGCCAGAGCCCUGUGGGGCUGAACCACACCUACCAGGGGCAGGACUUAAACACUCCUUCCUUCGGAUUGAACUAUAGCUCUUUUAAAUUAAUCACGCCCCCUCCUGGUGAGAGCCAAUGGAAUGGCAGUGACUCUGCGGAGGCUCUGGGGACUAAGAGAGAGGAUGCUGGGAUGGGGUCAGGGGUUAGCGGUCGGGGUCACGUGAAGUGGAUCUCACUUGUCAGCCUCCUGGUGUAUGUAGCUGCUUUCUCCUUCAGCCUCGGACCAAUUGGUGUUCCCAACGUGAUGUUCCUGUACGCCACCAUAAGCUUCAUCCUGCUGGUCUUCGUCAUCCUCUUCAUCCCAGAGACCUCAGGGACGCCACACUGGAACAGAUCUCUAAGGAACUGGCCAAGAAAAAACAGCUGAAGGUGAGGUUUUGGCGUCGAGUGCAACCCCAGGAGACUCUGUUCACCAUUCACAGGACCCCUGAACUCGCAACUCUGACCCCUCACCCUCUCACCUAGCUGUCCACAGCAGAGGGACGAAGGAGGAGAGAGGAAAUGCGAGAAAUGGAGAGGAGGGAGGCCGAGAAAGGAGGAGGAGAGAGAUAGAAUAGGGACGAUAGAAGGAGAACAACCAUAUGACUAUGAGAUCACUUUCUUGCUCCCUUCCUCCUUCCCUCCCCCCCAUUGAGAGAGCAACCCUGAGGCUCAGAUGGAACUCUUGCUCUCUGACCUCUGACCUGUCUGUCUGUCCUCUGGAUUGCUAACCUGUUUGUAGCACUUUCUACUGUUUUCAAACAGAAUACACAGGAUUUUACCUUGGGGGAAAAAAUAAGCAAUUUUCUGUAUGACCCCGAAUUUAUUCAAACAGGGACUGUUUCAAGUUAGGGAGGUGUUAAACAGUAGACGUUUUAAUGAAUUUAAACACACCUCCGUUCAUACCAGUUUGAUAUUGGGACACAUGUUCUCGAGCUGGGUCAAAAUGUAUCAAGUUAUAUACCAUCUAUUUGACCCACUACCCCUUUUACAUACCUUUACAAAGAAGAAGGUAACAAAAUGUUUUUUCUUUAAAUAAGACGUUUUGUCUCUGUGUAAAUGAGGUUUAAGGUACUGUUUCCACUGGUAUUCAGUGCCCUUGACUUUUUCCACAUUUUGUUAGGUUACAGCCUUAUUCCGAAAUGGAUUAAAUCGUUUCCCCCCCCCCUCA